AAGCAUAAAGUCGGUGACUCUCCACCGACCAAAUCACCUGCUUCAUUCUUAUUGGUCCACGUCGCUCUUCACAUGAAACCCAUCUCCAAAUCAGUUUCUACAGAGGCAGAGAAUGAGAGAUGCCCGGAUUAACCCUUAGUUCAACCACCGCCUCCACCGAAGAAGAGACGAGACAGACAAAUCGUCAUCACUCUUCAUUUACCAAACCGGUGUCAGCGAUGUAAAUGUUUAAAUUGGGUUCCACAUCAGCUUCUACAUUCUCUCAAAACCCUAACACAUUGGAAACAAUGGCGGUUUCUUCUAAAUCUUCGUAUAGACAAGCCAAUGAACAACAGUCUGUGUAACAGCUUAUACAUUCUCAAACCCUAACACAUCGGGACUUCGAUUUGUUACCGAUUUUGAAAGCAAAAUGGACGGUGAACCGGAGAAAUGGAUACUGCUGUGACGGCGAGGACGCCUACAAACCUAGCUUUGAUCAGUGAUAAUAUUAGUGUUACUCUCGAUCCGAAUCAUCUGUGUACCACCACCACGGUGUCUGCUAGCCCUAGCUUUGAUCGAGAUCGCAUGUGGUUGAACGGAGAGGAGAUAUCUCUUGAAGGGGGUAGAUUCCAAAGUUGUUUGGGAGAAAUUCGUGCGUGUGCACAAGAUGUAGAGGACAAGAAAAAAGGUAUCAAAAUUAAGAAAGAAGACUGGCAAAAACUUCAUCUGCACAUUGCUUCAUACAACAAUUUUCCGGCGGCUGAUGGUCUUGCUUGCCUAGUUUUUUCUCUUGCCAAGCUGAUGAAUGUUCGAAUUCAACGACGAAAGGGAAGGGAAGGCAUACAACGAGUCAAUGAACAAAUUCGACAUCCUAGAGGUAGUUGUAAUCUAACAACAAUGAAGAUAUGUGUAAAUGUACAUCUACUUCUCCUACAAAAGGGAAGGCAUACACCGACAAAUUAGAUGUUCGAAAUCAAUGAGUUUGACAUCCGGAGAAACGCGACGUCGCAGGAGCUUUAUAAAACCGUAGCAGUUUCUUGAACCGGCCAUUUUAGGUACCGGUUGUUCUAGACUGAGGGAGAACCUUAAUGUUUUUUGCCUUGGAUUUUAGUCUCAGUCCGAUUGAAUAUUGAUGAUGGUCUCUUCACUUUUAAUUA